UAUACAUGUGCUGUGAGUUUCAUCGUACCACCACUACUACUACUACUGCUACUACUAGUAUGUGUGUCUGUGAAUAAGUAACAUAGAGUCAGCAGUGUCUCUCUCGGCCUCUCGCGGUGCGCGUUAUACAAGGCAUAUUAUAUACAUAUAAAAUAAAGAGUGUGUGUCCGUGCUUCGAGAAGUAUAUAUCCCAUUAUUAGUGUAUCUGUGUCUCUCUCUACGCGCCGUUCGUUUUGUCUCCUCUCUCUCUCUCGUUCCUUUAACUUUUUUUGGUGCGUGUGUUACUACCGCUGCUUCUUCAUCUUCUUGUUGUUGUGGUGUAUGUGUGAGUGAGAGUGCAGCAGCAGCAGCAGCAGAGUAUUAUUACAUGAUAUACAGUGCGAGUAGCAGCAGUUACUACUACUACUACAAGUUCAGCUCGCCCCGAGAGCUCUAGUGUAUUGUAACAUAUAUAUUUUAUUGCAAUAUCAUAUAUAUAUUGAUAUACGUGUGCAGUGGGCAGUGAAGUGCGUGUGAUCGUGUGAAUAUCGUCUGUGUGUUGACACUGAUUUUGGUUAUAAACGCAUAUCAUCGUGUGCCAUCGUCGUUCUCUCUCGUCGCUCGGAUUGUGACGGAUCGUACACAACUUUGUCCGACACUGCUUCGCGACAACGGCCGCGGCUGCACGGGAGGGAGCUAGGCACCUCGUUACUCGGCAACAGCAGAAGAAAAGAGCAUGUCACAUCACGCAACAACGACUUCGACGAGCCGUCGAUGAGGCGUGAAUCAAUCGCCCGAAUGGGUUAGUCAAAGAGAGGCCACAUCGGUCAAGCAAGCGCGAGAGAGAAUUUGGGAUCGAAGAACCCCCAAAAUAAGCGAAAAACACAAGGAAGAAUGGAGGAGCCGGACCCGGAGACGUGGACCGCGUGGUUCCUCGACGCGAUCCGCAAGAUCCGCAGCCAGAAGCAGCGGCCGAGCGUGGAGCGGAUCGCCCACGCGAUCAGGCUGCAGCACGACUAUCACGAGGAGGUCAUUGCUGAAAAUCUUCAGCUGGCCGUCAAGCGCGGCGACAUCCUCAAGCUCUUCAACAAGGGCCAAUCCUCCUACAAGGAUCCCGGAGGCCUGCAGACGAAAUCGCUGAAAGUCAGCCGCAACAGCGACCUAUGCAAGCUCAUCAUCAAGGCGGUGCGCGAGCUCGGCGAGCGCGACGGCUCGAAUCUCAAGAGCAUCGAGAAGUACGUGAGGCAGAGCCACACCGUGGACGAGGAGCAGGAGGGCGAUCUGCGGCUGGCGCUGCGGCUGUCCGCCAAGCGGGCCGUCGAGCGUGGCCUGGUCAUGCAGGACGGCCGGCUGUUCAGGCAGGCCGACAGACCGGUCCACCUGGCCAAGAAAUACAACGCGGAGCAGGCCAACAAUCUCGAGAUCUCAGCGCCCAAGGUACCGGCACCGCUGCCGAUCUGCCGCGAGUGCCUGGGAACGACGGCGAGCGGCAACAACAACAAGCAGCGCAGCACGUCGUCGGCCGCGUCGCCGGCCUCGUCGUCGCCCCAGCGAGGAGCAGCAGGUGGAGGCGCUGAAAGAAUAAGCCGCUGCAACUCGUGCGGCGCCGCCCUGCACUGGGCCUGCGCCCCGACGGAGCUCAUCCAGCUGCUGGAGCGCGGCGGCAACUGGUGCUGCGACGACUGCGCCGGCCAGCCGUGCGCCGGCUGCCAGCAGGACCGCGAGACCCAGACCUACCUGGUGCGCUGCCACGGCCCCGGCUGCCCGAGAUCCUAUCAUCUCACCUGUCUCGAUCCGGCGCUGGACAAGCGCAGCAAGGCGCCCUGGAGAUGUCGCGCCUGCCUGGACGGCGGCAACAAGCCCGAGGCCACGAGCGGCGGCGGCGGCACGCCGCAGACGAAGAAGCACGCGGCCGACUCGAGCACGAGCAGCAGCAGCGCCAAGAAGAAGCAGCAGGCUAGCGCCAAAGACGCUCGAAAGUCUUUAGCAGCGACACCGGCAUCGUCGAAUCGAAAAUCCACCGUGGCAGCGACUCCGACGUCCUCGAGAGGAGGAGCCGCGGCUACGACGCCGGGAGGAGCCGUAACAUCGUCCAGCAAAAAGUCAUCGGCCACGUCGGAAUCGGCCACGAGCAGCAGCAGCAUCAAACACGCGUCAGCGGCCCAGGUGGACAACAGCUCGGACGGUAAUGCGGGUGUUGUCUCCCCUCGUCAGCCUUCGUCCUCUGUCUAUACCUUUCCCGAUCCACUUCUCGAAUUUUCUUCUCAAUCGUCCGCGUCCCCGUCCCUGCAUCAUUGUCACGUGUCACAAUCCUCCUCCUCGUCCUCCUCCGCCGUCGUCCACAACAGCAACAGCGGCAACAAAAGUCAGCAGGCGCUGGGCGUCUCCUCCGCGACGAGCAGUAGUAGUAGUGGUGCUGUCGGUAGCAGUGAUAGCGGCGCGACGACGAUCCUCUCCCCGAGCGCCAAGCCGCUCGAGGAGAAGAACGAUAGGAUAUCCAAGGAGAAGCAAAAGUUCUUCAGAUUGAGCGCCUUCAAUGCCAAGCACAAGAAGCUGAAAGCCGCGGCCGCGGCGGCGGCCUCCAUGGACGAGAGCGGUAGCAUCGGUAAUAAACCUCCGAAGAGGGACGAGUGCGGCGGCGCUGUCAAGCGCUCGCGACCGGCAUUGAAAGCCUCGGCUGCGGUGCGCCAGAAGAACCGAAAGACACACAAAAAGUCCAAGACGCAGACUCAUAGCGACGAGGAAUCCAGUGAUAAUAAUGACGAAGUCGACGACGACGACGACGAGGACGACGAAGACGACGAUUGUCUGAGCUCCAGCAGUUCGGACGAGCAAGUCACCGAGGAAGUAAAGACCGUUCAGAAGCGUAAAACACUGUCGUCCUCGAAAUUGUCCUCGUCGUCCUGGAGUAAAAAGAGGAGCAACGACUCGAGCGCGGAUCAAAACCGCGUCGGCAGUAGUAGUAACGUCAGCGGCAGUAAUAAUCAAAAUAAUAGCAAAAUGUCUGGCCCGUUCGCCUGCAAUCUCGACGAGAAGAAGCCCUGGGGCUUCGCGGCGGCUGCGGCGAAACUCGGAGUCGACGGCGAGAGUCCGUUUUUCAGCAACCUCAAGGCCUUCGGAGCACCGCUGCCGAAGCUCGAAGUUGGCGACAAACCCAAAUUCGCCGUGGGCUUGGAUCCGCUGAACACGGACAGAACGAGAAGCAGCGUCGUUGCGCUCGAUUCAACUAGUAAGACGUCGCAUCAGCAUCAGCAGCAGCAGCAGCAGCAACCACAAAAAGUUAAAAGUACAUGUAAUAGUGAUAAUAGUUGUAGUGAUAAAGAUAAGAAACAGACACAGCAGCCAAGGCCAAAGCAACCGGGUAGCGGACAGCUACGUGGAUUAUACGAUGGUUUGAGCCACUUUUACUCGGCUCCGAUUAGCACGAGCCGCGCAAAACCUGGCGCACCACCACCGAAUUACGCGCCCGACAGGCGGAAAAAGUCCUCGUCGACGACGUCGCCGAGCGCGACGACAGCACAACAGCAGCAGGCGGCUCCGGACAAGAAAACGACCGCGACACCUUCUCCCAAGUCAACGGGCGUCAAGCCGUGCAACGAACAAACGAGCAAAGCCGGCCCGUUGCGAGGGAAGAAGGAGCCCGAAAUGACUCUUGUGCCGAAGCCGAGCAUCCUCGUGCCGGCGGACAAGGAGAUCUCGAUCUGCCUGGCCGACGAGGACCCGUCGGACAUGUCGCCCUCGGGCCUGGUCAAGACGGCCGUCAACACUCAGCGGCAAUUAGAUCGCGCGUCGUCCGUUAAAUACGCUACCACAGCCGAAGCCCACACGAUGAAGCAAAAGUCAAAGGGAGAUCGGAAGUCCGGUCAAGCCAGCGCCAUGACAACCCGUCCCAAAACUCCUCGUCCAAAGUCAAAUCCUCGUGCCUCGACUGGUGCCACCACUACCACUACCACCAACACCACCAACACCACGACACCCCGCGCGACACCCUGCUCCAACAGGAAGGAAGAAAUGGUUUUACCUCAAACUUUGCCAGCUGGUGUCACCCAAAAGGAUGUGGAAUUGUUCAAAGAGGCUCGUGAAAGAGCUAAUCGUAUGACAUUAGCCGAGACGCAAAAGGACGAUCAAGACGCUGCUCCGCCGCUAAUCGUUAGUCCUGGAGGAACAGAUACGCGAAAUCCUGCUGCUAUCGUUUUCGGGCGCUACGAGGUCGAGACUUGGUAUUCGUCACCGUUUCCGCAGGAGUACGCGAGAUUGCCCAAAUUAUUUUUCUGCGAAUUCUGCUUGAAGUACACGAAGAGCAAGGCAGUUUUGGACAGACACAUGAACAAGUGCAAAAAGAGGCAUCCUCCUGCUACUGAAAUUUAUCGUUGUAAUGGUUUAUCAGUAUUUGAGAUUGAUGGUAAUGUAAAUAAAAUCUACUGUCAGAAUCUUUGCCUCUUAGCGAAACUUUUCCUGGAUCACAAAACACUUUAUUACGACGUGGAACCUUUCCUUUUCUACGCGGUAACCAAGAAUGAUAAAUACGGUUGUCAUUUAGUUGGUUACUUCAGCAAAGAAAAAAAUUGUCCAGCACAGCGUUACAAUGUUUCUUGUAUCAUGACUUUGCCUCAGUACCAACGACAAGGUUACGGGCGGUUCCUAAUUGAAUUCAGUUAUUUACUAUCCAAAGUCGAAGGGAUUCCUGGUACACCGGAAAAACCACUCUCAGAUCUUGGACGAGUGUCUUACCACUCGUAUUGGAAGGGCGUUAUUUUAGAAUAUCUCGAUGCGCAUCGGGAUACAGGUGAACUCAAAAUUGCUGAGAUCACGAAGGAGACUGGUGUAUCGAGUCACGACCUGGCAACAGCCAUGCAGUUAUUAGGUUUCCUGCGUAGUGUACCAAACGACGAAGGCAAACGACAUCUGGCUGUUCUUGUUGAUUGGGAUAAAGUCGAUGCACAUGUAGCCAAAGUUCAACGCAGUAAUCGUAUACAACUUGAUCCGGAAUGUCUUCGUUGGAUACCUUUGUUGCCACAAUUACCAACCACAAGUCCAGGAGAUGAAGCUAAUGAUGCAGAUUCCGAACAUCUUGACUCCACUGACGACCAACAAAUGAUUUGUGCCUCAAAUAAACCUGUUGCAGCUAUGCCUGAAAAGGUGCAACGAAUCAAAAUCAAAAAGAAAUCUCGAACGUCAAGAAAGUUAGGAGCGCAUAGAAGAUCCACGCCUAUGAGGCCUAAAGUAAUGUUCCAUAAAAAUAAGACGCCUCGAAGUGCGGAUAAGAGCUUCGACGCUGUCGAUAGCAGCGGAAAAGACGACGAACGGUCGCCCGAGAAAAAGAAUAUAGCAACAACUCCAAAAUCCACUAGAACUGUUUCGAACUCGCAAAAGAACUUGGCUGGAGUUGCGAAAACUCUCGCGACAACCACGCCUUCAGCCACAUCUCGUCGCAGCGUAAGAACAGCUCUGAAAGCUACGACUCCGGCGGCACAGGGUCUUGCAUCGCCGAAUACCCCAUUAUCUCGGAAGCGUAAAUAUUCCGAAAAAACCACUGAUCCCGAAGAUGAAUUGGUGGAACCUGUCCCGUCUGGCAGAAAACGGGUUCGCGAGUCUCGGGAAAAGGAUAAGGAUUCUAACAAAGAGAAAGAAAAAGAGACCAGAAAGAAGGAGUCCAAAUCGAAAGAGAGUAAAGAAAAAUCAAAAUCUUCGCCAGAAUUGAAAGCAGUGAAGGAAAGUGCACGAAUCAAAGAACGUGUGGCUGCUAAGGAGGCAUCUCCGUCUGCUGCAACAAGAUUACAGCGAUCACCGUCUAAGGAGCAAUCACCUGUUAAAAAUGUUGGGAAGUCUAAGAAGCAAACGAAAAUCGACGAUAUUUUACUAAAAUCCGAUGGUCGACAUAAGAGCGCAUCUAAGUCGGGUCGUGAGCGACGUGCUAGCGGUACAGCUCACUCAGCUGACAACGAAGAAUCGUCAAUUCGCGGCAAUUCGCGAUCAUCCAAAAAAGACAAGGAUUCGCUUCCAUCUUCGCGACGUCGUUUGAGAAUGCAACCCGAAGCUGUUACCGAUAACGAGACCGAAGACGUUAUGGAAGUGACAAAAGAAUCCAAAACCGCAAAGAAACAGCUUACCAUUACUGAAAUGUUUACGAGUGCCACUGCUUCUGCACCAGCGACUACUAAUACCGAAACCUCUAGUGAAAAUGAGACUCCUACUGAAUCGAAUAAAACGGAUAAGCCCGAAAAUGCUGUAAUGAGUAUGUCGCCACCUCGCGUUAUGAAUUCUUCGAUUUCGAGUCCUGCCGAGUACGAAGCUGGAGACGAAGAUGACGGAGAUGAUGAGGAAUUGUUGUUACCAAGAGCUGAAGUUAAUAGUGUGAUAAAGUCGCUUGACGCAGCGAUUGAAUCUGAGAAAGAUGCUGAAAUGGAGGCAGCCGCUGCUGCCGCCGCCGCUGCUGCUGUUGAGGUUUUGAAAGAGAAAGAGCUCAUUAGUUCUUCGAUACAGGAUAUCGACAUGACUGAACCUGAACAGAAAAAUGAAAAAGAAGAGAACCCCGAACCGUUGUCGAAUAUCAUUGAUGAGCCCAUGGAAGAGGAACCUCCGAUAGAAAAAACUUGUGACCUUAAUGCUGAAAAGAGUGCAGAUCCUAUCAGUAAGGAAGAUAUUCCUGUUACAGAGAUGCCUUUGGAGGCUCCAGUACAAGAAAAAUUGACACAUCCGGUAGCGGAAAACAAUGACUUUCAACAGGUAUCACAGCAAAAUCAACAAAUCAUAGUGACUAAUCAUGCGAGUGUUAUAGAAUCCUCUAUAACUAAAAGUCACAUGCAAACUGUUGCACCUCAAGAAAAAGUUGCUUCUGCACCGACUGAACCUACUGCGGAAAUUACUCCAGUGGUUAACCAUCCUGAGGAUAAACUUCAUUCGCCGGAAAGUGGCAAAACAACACCGCAUCCCGAAAAUCCUGGUUCAGUGAAACGUACGCCGCCUUCGCAAGCAGAUCUUCCUUCGAUGGGCGUGUAUACCCCUGAUUCGACCACGAAUUCGGUGCACUCGCUUCAUUAUGGUCAAUGCGAUCUUGACGUCAGUCAAUUGGGACUUGAGUCGCCUACUUCUAUUGCUAGUGACUUGGCAUCACAAAACAGCGUUGAAAGACCGCCCAGUGCAUUACCCUCCAUGCCUGCUCAACAGUCGCAGACUGUGCAAGUGGGGCCAUUGACAACAGGAGUGCCAAUGCAGCUGAAUAGUCAAACUUCUGGGCACUCUGUUAAUUUACAAACUCAACAAGUGCACCAGCAGCAGCAACAGCAGCAACAACAACAGCAGCAACAACAUCAACACCAACAUCAUCAUCAGCAAUCGCAACAACACCUACAACAUCAGCAGCAGCAACAGCAACAAUAUAACGACUGCUCGCUGCCGCAGCAUGCGGCUACCCAGCACGUAAAUAUUCAGCAAUCUCAUUCUCAACAACACCAGUUGCAACAUGCUGAUAAAAACCCAUAUCUUCAACAGCAACCGCUGACGCCGCAACAGCCUCGCACCCCUCAGUCGCAUACUCCUCAGAGUUUACCAACUCAUAGCCCGCAGCCAGUGCAGUCUCUGACUCCUCAGCCGUUGUCUCAGCCUCAUACACCUCAACCUAUUCCACAAACGCACACGCCUCAACCAAUGACUCCGACUCAGUCGCAUACGCCGCAACCUAUGCAACUAUCGAUGGUCCAGCAGCAGCAGCAACAACAACAGCAGCAUCAUCAACAGCAACAACAACAGCUACAACAGCAGCAACAGCAACAACAGCAGCAGCAGCAGCAACAACAGCAACAGCAGCAACAACAACAACAACAACAACAGCAACAACAGCAGCAACAACAGCAACAACAGCAACAGCAACAAAAGCAACAUUCAAGAACUCAAUCUCUAAUUCAUGCUCAUAGUCAACAGUUGCAAUCUCAACCUCAACAACAAUCACAUUCACACUCACACAGUAGCAAAAGAUCUAGUUCUCAAAAUUCUCAUAGAUCAUCAAAAUCUCAGAGCAGCAGGUCUUCGCAUCGAGGCACGCCACCGACGACGCAAACGCAAGCACAGCAAUUGCAACAGCAACAGCUUCAACAACAGCAGCAGCAACAUCAACAGCAUCAGGCUGCCCUCGCCACCGUGAGCCACAACAAUCAUCUGGCGCAGCAGUACCAGCAGAGCGUUGCUCAAGUCGGACAUGCGCACGCCAGUCAUAACAUGGCAGUGAUAUCCCAGACCUCGGCUGCCAAUUACAUGGCUGUGUCUCAAGCAAUGGCUUUUCCAGCAAGUCAAAAUACUUACGUGAUACAUCGACCGAGUCGAACGAGCUCGCACACUCCGGUCUGCACGACAGCUACGAACUUUUACAUCCAAACGACACCGGUGCCGCCGAGUCAUACGCCAACUCCGACUCUCAGCCCUGCUAGUGGUCCGAAUCAUCAGACGCAGCAAGGGCCGACCAGCCUGGCGAAGCUUCAGCAGCUGACCAACGGUUUGGAAAUGAUGCCUCCAGCUCCCAAUCUUACGCCACCGUCGCCCAUUUCUCACACAACGCCGCACUCGUCGAGACAGUUGUCAACGCCACCCCAGGUUCCCUCCAUUAAUUAUGCCAAGAACUAUUACAACGUUCAGCCGCCAUCGGCACCGUCGUCCGUGCCGCCGUCGUCGAGUCGUUCCACCUCUCGAUCUUCAGCCACACCAACAGGCAUGGCGAGUCCUCUGGGCUCGCCUUACGUUCCGACCGAAAGCCUUUACAGACAAACGUUGGAUCCAGGUAGCAGUUGUCCGCAGAUGCAAAGCGCAGCGAGUCGCGUGAGCCCUAACGUUGCCAUCAAUACAAAUCUUAUGGCAGCCCAAGCAGCCUACGGCUAUCGUCUCAAUACGGGGCAAUCUACGAGCGGCUACAUAAAUCAAGCAGCCCAACUCGGCAGUUUCAUGAACCCAACAAGUCAAUUACCCGUCGGAGUUGUCAAUGUUCAGCCAUAUGCUCAAGAUCAUCAGCAGAAUCCGGCUACGGUUUACACGACGCAUUAUGGCUACAUCAACGGCAGUCUCAUGCAGCCGCUGAACGGGACCAUGAGACCUCGCUAGCGACCCUAGAACGCGGCUAGCGCGUUUAACGUGCCACCGCCAAGGAAUUCGAUUUAAGCCUCCUAUCUUAUAAGGCAUGACAAAUGUUUUUCAUUACAUGUAAUGAUUUUAAACAUACAAAAACAGAAAGUUCUUUGACUGUUUGCAUUAUUAACGAUCUUCCAAGAUUCUCUUUCAAAUUAGUUAUUGUUGUGUUGUAUUUGCCUUGAAAACUGAAAAAAAAGAAAUUACCGUGAUGAUUUUAGCGAAGUAUCGAGAUAAAAUCAGUGGUCGUAUAAACAGAUCUGUUUAGAAUCUUCAGUAUUUUAAUCGUAUCCGUUAUUUUUUGUCUCUAUCGAAAAUUGAUUUAAAAGCAAUUUUAGAUAAGAAGAUUUACAAGCUUUAUGGUUGCUUGUAUGUUUACCUGAAAUAUUUACGUACAGCAUUUAGGAAAUGUAGCGAAAAUGGAAUAACUAAAUUGAAUUGUUAGCAGAUUAUAGGAACUUGGUCAUCUAUUUGACAAUUUAAUUGAGCAAAUUCGGGGCAUUUUCAUCAAUUUCUAUCUUUUUGCAGUGUUACGUUAUAUGUGUAUAGUAUAAUGAUAUUUGUAUCUAGAAGAAAAAAAUUUGAGAAUUAAAUAGGAAGAUGAUAUACUUACAUUUAAAAUAUUCUGUUUGAUAUAAUCAAUUGUUGAACGUUGUUGUUUACGUUUUAACAGGGCCCGCUGUACUUUAUUGUAUUAUAUGAUAUGAUAUAAAUGAUUAGGAAGCAUUAAUUUUGUUUAGCUGAUUCAGGUAUAGAAAGAUACAAUAACAAUAAUAAUUUUUUAUUAUUGUAAUCAACGUGGAUCGUCGUCAUUACUUUUAUUAUUGCUAUUAUAUAUUAUUUAUAAAAAGUUAUAGAUUGUAAGAAGUGAUGAGGUAAUGCGUGACGAGCAUGUAUUAUAUAAUUAGUGCAUUGAUAAUUGCGCUUUUUUAUGUCCUAUUUUAUAUUCAAUCAUUGCACUCAUUCUUGUAUUUAUUAGAACUUCAUACGUUUUUUUCAUAAACUUUACUGGUUAUGAAUAAUUUCAUUUGUUUGGAUUAGUCCUAGUCUUGUAUUUCUCUUCUUUUUUUUUACAAAAAAUAUGUAAAUUGUAAACCUAACAGUUUAUAUUACUUACAAUCAAUAAUACUAUUAUCUUUUCUUGAUUCAUAAAUGUGGUAAUGAUGUAAUAAAUUAUGGAAUUAAUUAACUAUGUAUAUAUACGAUAUAAAUCGAAAUAAUUAUUGACUCAAUGGGCUAUUCCUCAAAGUGUCAUACAAGAUAUAGUGUACACAAUGAGUAUAAAAAUCAAAUUAUUUUUUGUAUUAGUAUUGUAGAGAAACGUGGUAAAGAGAAAAAAAAGCGUGAAUGGUUGUACGUAAGAAUGAAUAAACUCGUGUGAUACGUGAUAAAAAAGUGAAAACAAUAUAAACGAGAGUAAUUAAACUUAAAAUGCCUAUUUUGCCCUGAGAAAAAUACAAAUUAUCAAGGGUGCUCGCUUAUAAUUGAAACCUUUAAGUUUCAAAAAAAAAAAAAAUCUCGCGACACUUUGUGGAAUGGUCAUGAAUUAUA